CUCAGCCCCUUUCAGCCCGGGCAGUGUUCCCUUGAUGGGCCACUGCAGGAGUGAGUCCUGCCCGGCACACGGAGCCCAGGUGUGGCCGCUCUUCGGCACCCGGCCCGUGUCGGCGGGAGGCCGAGGCCUGCGAGGUGUGCGCGGCCUCAGCUCCGCCGCACGCCGCUCCCCGGGGGACAGCCGUGCAGGGCAGCUCCCGCCGGCUCCUGGAGUCAGGGCUGUCUCCAAACAAUGGGUGGAGAGCAGGAAACGCCGCAUGGGAAACAGGAUUUGGCUCCGCCGCCGCCACCAGCCACGGCCCCUUGGCCCCUUUCCUUUCCCUGCUCCAGAGAGCCCUUCCCACAGCCAUCAGCCGCGGGGCUGCACCGAGGGGAUGGGGAUGCUGCCGCCUGGCUGGGCUGGGGCGUGAGGCACCUCCUGGCGGGCUGGGGGUUCAGCAUGGCUCAGGGAAUGCUGAUCACACAGCCCUAGCCCUGGAGGAGUGGGCGGCUGGCCACUGAGCAAGCAGGAACAGAGGCAUCUUUCUCUCCGUGCCCAGGCUAUGCACCAGAGAAGGUGGUCUCGGCUGCCCUGGAUGUCAAGCAGCAGCGUGGAAGCAAGAUGGGGGGCACGGGCAGGGGGCAGGGGUCCUGAGGUGCCGCUUACUUGGAGCCUCUAGGCAGCCACAGCCUCCAGCGCUGACCCCCGUUGGCUGGGACAUGCUGGAGAUUUUCUGACCUCUGCCAGAUUCAGAACACGCUCCAAGGACAUGGGACUCCAGGUUUAUCUUCUGCUUCUCCUCCCACGCCUGGCAGGGGCCAUCCUGGACAUCACCCUGAUCGCCAAUGUGCAGAGCCUGUCCCACUCCGACUUCUUCCUCUCCUGUGUCAUGGGGGAGCACGACGUGAGCUACCUGCAGAUUGAGCGGGAGAACAAGAUCGUGAUGACGCACCCCAAAACGGGCUUUCAGAACUACCGCAACCGCAGCAACCACGUGCAGGCCAGGGGCUUCUCCAUGGCCGACCUGGUGGGGAUCCUUUACUGCCUGGGGCGCACCCCGACCGAGCAGGCACAGGUGGUCUAUGUGCACAACAGCCACAAUGCCCACCUCUUCCCAGUGAAGGCCACACAGUCUGUGAAUGUUGCUGAGCCAGCCACCUUCUCUGCCAGGAUCCUCAAGAGGAAGGAGACAGAUGUUAUGUGGAAAAGAAAUGGUACCUACUACCAGACCACAGACCGGGGUGAGGUGCAGGGUGACCGCGUCGUCCUGACGCUCCCCAACGUCAGCGUCAGCGAAAAUGGUGUCUACAGUGCCACGUUCAUGGGGGACAGCCCUCUGUGGAGUGCCUUCUACCGCCUCAUCGUGAGAGCCUGCCCCGCAAAGAAAUGGGGACCGUCCUGUGAGAAGGACUGUCCCGACUGCCUGAACGGCGGCGUCUGCCACGACCACGUUGGUGAAUGUAUCUGCCCUCCAGGGUUCAUGGGCACCCGCUGUGAGCGAGCCUGCCGGGAAGGGCAGUUUGGCCGCAACUGCCAGGAGACAUGCCAGAGAGCCCAGGGCUGCCGGGGGCUGAGCUUCUGCCUGCCCGACCCCUACGGCUGCUCCUGCGCCUCGGGCUGGAGCGGCUCCCGCUGCAACCAAGCCUGUCCCCCCGGAUUCUAUGGCCCUGACUGUGCCCUGGAGUGCACCUGCCGAAAUGGAGGCAGCUGUAACCGCUUCAGUGGCUGUGUCUGCCCGGCAGGCUGGCAUGGGCAGCACUGCGAGAAGUCAGACCGGUUCCCCCAGAUCAUCCAGCUGGCCUCAGAGCUGGAGUUCAACCUGGGCUCAGAGCCCAUUGUCAGCUGCGUGGCCACUGGCAACCCACUGCCCACCAGUGACAGCGUGGAGCUGCGCAAGGCUGACGGCACCGUGCUCAAGCUCAUCAAGGCCAUCAUCGAGCCGGGACAGAUCACCUGCGAGUUCCAGGUGCGGCACCUGAGGAAGGAGGACACAGGGCUCUGGGAAUGCCGGGUCUCCACAACCGGGGGCCAGGACAGUCGGAAAGUCAAGGUCAACAUCCGAGUGCCACCAACGCCCCUGAGCCCCCCCCGGCUGCUGGCCAAGCAGAGCCGCCAGCUCGUGGUGUCACCCGUGGACUACUUUUCUGGUGACGGACCCAUCACCUCCAUCAAGCUGUUCUACAAGCCCAAGGAUGACAAUUCAGCAUGGUCAUCCAUUGUGGUCGACAACAGUGAGAACAUCACCCUCAUGAACCUCCGGCCGGUGACUGCCUACAUUGUCAAGGUGCAGCUGAGCCGGCCAGGGGCUGGUGGGGAGGGCAGCAAGGGACCUGAAGCCAUCAUGGUGACUGAGUGCCUUGAGCCCACAGUCAAGCCUGUGAUUGAAGGCUGGUCCAUAGAAGAGAAAAACACGCUUCAUGUCAACUGGAAGUUGCCAAGUAACCACGAGCCAGCACACGGCUUCAUAGUCCACCUCUUUGACUCUGCAAGGCGCCUGGUCUCUGAGAAGAACAUCACAUCCAUCUCUGUGCUCUCUGCCCGCCUCGGGGACCUGGAGUUCAACAAGGAGUAUGGGCUGGAGGUGCUGGUGUACCACUGCACCAGCCUGGGCCCGCCCUCCGACCCCUAUAAGGUCAUGAUCAACAGCAAAGGGCCCUCUGCCCCGCGGUUGCUCUCGGCAGACUCCGUGUCUGACACCGCUGUCAGGCUCUCCUGGCAGGUCCCUGAGUACCCCAAUGGGGGCAUCACCAAGUACAUAGUGGAGCUGCAGCAGGUGGGGGGCACCAGUGAACCCCAGUGGAUUGACACUGACAGCGGCGCCGAAACCACCAAGGUCAUUGGGGGCCUCAACGCCAGCACCAGCUACCAGUUUCGUGUCCGCGCCAACUCCCAUGUCCCAGGGGAAUGGAGCCAGCCCCUGAAAGCCAAGACUCUGGGAGACGGAGCGCUGAGCGUGCCGCCCAGCCUGGGCAGCCAGAGCACUGAGCAGGCAGGAAUAGACCAGCAGCUGCUCUUGGCCAUCGUUGGCUCCGUGUCCGUCACCUGCCUCACCAUCCUCUUUGCUCUCCUGGCGCUUUUCCUAAUCAAGAAGAAUUUUUUCCACCGGCGCCGCACCUUUACGUACCAGUCUGGCUCGGUGAGUGCCGCCUGCCCCACCAGGACCGUGUCCCCUGCUCCCCACGUCCCAGCCCAAUCCAGGUCACGCUCCGUAGCCUCCAGUCCGGAUGCAGCCAGACCUCACUUCCACACAGAGAGGGGGGAAGAGACCAUCCUGCAGUUCAACUCGGGGACCCUGACCUUGACACGCCGGCCCAAGCCGCAGCCUGAGCCCCUCAGCUACCCCAUCCUGGAGUGGGAAGACAUCAAGUUUGAGGACAUGAUCGGAGAGGGCAACUUCGGGCAGGUCAUCAGGGCCAUGAUCAAAAAGGACGGUCUGAAAAUGAAUGCAGCCAUCAAGAUGCUGAAAGAGUUUGCUUCAGAGAAUGACCAUCGGGACUUCGCUGGGGAGCUGGAGGUGCUGUGCAAACUGGGCCAUCACCCCAACAUCAUCAACUUGCUGGGUGCCUGCGAGAACAAGGGCUACCUGUACAUCGCCAUUGAGUACGCUCCCUACGGAAACCUCCUCGACUUCCUCCGCAAAAGCCGAGUCUUGGAGACAGACCCAGCCUUUGCCAAGGAGCACGGCACUGCCUCCACACUCACCUCCCAGCAGCUCCUCCAGUUUGCUUCAGAUGUGGCCAAGGGGAUGCAGUACCUGAGUGAGAAGCAGUUCAUUCACAGGGACCUGGCAGCGAGAAACAUCCUGGUGGGAGAAAACCUGGCCUCCAAGAUUGCUGAUUUUGGCCUCUCCAGAGGGGAGGAGGUCUAUGUGAAGAAGACAAUGGGCCGUUUGCCAGUUCGCUGGAUGGCCAUCGAGUCCCUGAACUACAGCGUGUACACCACCAAGAGCGAUGUGUGGUCAUUUGGCGUCCUGCUAUGGGAGAUUGUCAGCUUGGGAGGGACACCGUACUGCGGGAUGACGUGUGCCGAGCUCUACGAGAAGCUGCCCCAGGGCUACCGCAUGGAGAAGCCGCGUAACUGCGACGACGAGGUGUACGAGCUGAUGCGGCAGUGCUGGCGUGACCGCCCCUACGAGCGCCCGCCCUUUGCCCAGAUCUCCAUGCAGCUCAUCCGCAUGCUGGAGGCCAGGAAGGCCUACGUGAACAUGGCCCUGUUCGAGAACUUCACCUACGCAGGGAUCGAUGCCACGGCCGAGGAGGCGUGAGGCUGCACUGGCACUGUGCAGAGGGGUGAUGCUGGCACCAACCUGCAGGGACAGUGCUGUGGGGACAAUGGGCUGCUCAUCCCCAUCCAGGACCAAGUGGCCAAAUGCUGGUGUCCCUUCCAAGAGCACCUUCCUUGCAGCAGGACUCUGCCAUCUCCUCCCUGGCUGCCCACGCAGCGUGUGCUGGCCACACUGCCAUGGCAUCAGCCACCCACACAGCCCCACGCUGCUGGGGGACAUGCUGGGAUGGCCCCCAAGGACAAGCAGCAGCACGGUGCUUGCAGCACAUUGGCCAGGAGAGGGGCUCUCAGGAGCCUGAGCCCAAUGGACACAAACGCUCAAGCUUUGGGGCAAGAGGGGGAAGCAGCAACCCAGCAUCUGCCCACCCUGCAACUCUCAGUGUGCUCUGGGCCUGAAGUGGUGCCAGCAGGGCUGUGAGCAUCCCUGACGGUGUGGGAUGGGGCCACCCUGGUGGGUGCAAAGGGAUGGCUUUGGCUGUGCACAGCCUCCAGCUCUGCAGUGACCCUCUGGAGGUGUCAGCUCUGCCUUACGGACAAUAAACAUCGUGCAACAGGCAGCUGAGUACAGAGGAGUGGUGGUGGGGACCCAGCUCUACCCUGCUGACAGCACUGUGGAA